UUGGUACUUUGUCUAUGACAAUACGGAAAGAACACGGGAAGGAAGCGUUUUUGGACAAAAAUCUAACGUUUUUGAUUACUUUGCUUGUUCACACAUAAUAAAUUGAAGAUCAUAUAAGUCCAAAACCUUGUUAAUUGACGACGAAAGAAUUGGAAUAACUAAUAUGGCAGUGAACGUGUACUCUACGAAUGUGACUUCUGAGAAUUUGUCACGACAUGAUAUGCUGGCGUGGGUGAACGACUGCCUCCAGUCGAACUUCGCUAAGAUCGAGGAACUAUGCACAGGCGCGGCGUAUUGUCAGUUCAUGGACAUGUUGUUCCCUAACAGUGUGCCUAUGAAAAGAAUUAAGUUCAAAACAAAUCUAGAACAUGAAUACAUACAAAACUUCAAAAUACUACAAGCUGGAUUCAAAAAAAUGGGUGUUGAUAAGGUAAUACCAGUGGACAAGCUGAUUAAGGGGAGGUUUCAAGACAAUUUUGAGUUUUUGCAGUGGUUUAAAAAGUUUUUUGAUGCAAAUUAUGAUGGGAGGGAAUAUGAUGCGUUCGAUGCGCGUGGCGGUAUCACAAUUGGUUCAGGGGCAUGUGAAUCUGGAGUACCCUUGUGUGGUGCUAUCCAGGUGCCACCACCCAAAGCCCGCAGGCCUGUCCCCAUGCACCAUUCUGGCAUUGGCAAAGCAAACAGCACAGUGAGGUCUCCCCCAGUUAAUUUAUCUAGAAUAAAUCAGAGUGCUAAGGGAGACUCCAAAGUCAUUGAUGAACUAAAUCAUCAGAUAAAUGAAUUGAAAGCAACAGUUGACGGCCUCGAGAAGGAAAGGGACUUCUACUUUGGCAAGCUCCGGGAUAUAGAGGUGAUCUGUCAAGAAAUGGAAGAACAGCAGAAUGCUCCGAUUGUGCAGAAAAUUUUGGAUAUCUUAUACGCAACUGAGGACGGAUUCGCGCCUCCAGAGGAAAUAGACGGCGACAACCCGCACCCGCCCGAAGAAGACGAAUAUUGAAAUAUAUUGUAUCUACGCGUAUCAUAGUGCUCUUUGUAUAUUACAUAUAUCAAAUCGAAAUUAUCUCGCUUACAAUCAUCGACAGUAUCGAGUGCUUAGUAUUUCACAGCCAAUGAGUCGUAAUUGGAUCCUGUAGGUUAAUGUUCGGAAACAGUGGCCCUAAAAUGGCUUAAACUAGCUGAUGUUAAUAAUUCCUACAAAUAAGUUUCAUGUAUAAAUAUGUUACAGUUUACUAUCUGUCAAGGCUGUACAUUCUUACAACAGUUUGUGUAAAUGCUAUAUUAUAGGAUAUAAUUUCUCCGUAGAUUAUCGCAUUUAACGCUUUUCAUAUGUGUUGUCCUAUUGAAUGUGUUAUGAAGUAUUAUUGCGUGGAUUAACUUUUAUCCUAUCUAACAUUUUAUCAUAUUAUGCAUUGUGUUGUCAUGUACUUGCUCUGUAUUCAUUUUUAUACAUAUACGUGGCUGUGGCAUAUCUAAGUGCAUUCCUUAGCAUUUGGGAGCAUAGUUUCUUGGCGGAAUAACUCUAUCCGUGGAGUAAGCUGUUUCUCGUGUAAUCUUUAUAAAGCUGCAAGGUGAAGUUUGACUGAGGAAUAAGAAUACCUGUAUUCGACAUCAUUUUUGGGCCACUGGUGCCUAUAUAAAUGUGCAUUUAAUAGGUUGUUAAAUUAUUGGAAGAGAUUUACUGUUAAUUGUUUAAUUCUGUUAUAUUAAUGACCCAGUUGAAUAAAAUUAUGAAAGUUCGGUUCUUAAAUUUAUCAUUCUAAUACAAUAUUAACAAGUGAAUUGAUUAAGUGAUUACUCAUUAGAUCUGAAAGUAACUAACAAAAUUUUAAAUUAAUGAUUGUCAUUGUAUUGAAAUAGUUGAUAAUCAUGUAUUGGUUCCAGGUAGUGUGAUAUUUACAUGACCGUGAUUUAGGUUAAACAAAAUACAAGACUUAAACUUGAAACUUUGCACUAUUAUAACUAACUAUAAGAAGUAUAACUAAUACAUAUAAUUCAAAAUAUUUUUAUUUAGUAGAGUAUUGCAUUCUUAGACGCGUCGAAGAUACUAACGACUUGUUGGCGUAAAAAAAGAUGUUAUUCGCUGGUUAAGAUAAAUAGAUAAUUAAUUUAUUUACUUUAGCAUUCAUAAAUUGCCUUAACAGCAGAUAUUAAUUGCCUCUGGUUUUCAGAUUGUGAAUGUCUUAUCGAAUAAAAUAAUAACUUUAUUAAUA